UGAUUUUAUCGAUAUAGUUUGUUUCUGGAACUAUCUAGAACGACAAUAAGGAGUAGACCAAGGAUGAGGCAUUUUCCGUCAUUUUAACGGUUCAGGAUAACCUGAAGCAGUGGUGUCCUUUGCUGUCGUUAAACACAUGCUCGUUUUUAUCAGCUGGACAUGGAUCUUUUAAUCUCCCUUGGCCUGUAUCUAGCAACCAAUAUCGUUUUGUGCUAUGGGAGGUGCGGUGACUACAUACCCAGUGCUCAUCCUUUGAUUCAACCUGAUACUUUCUGUUCCCCUGCACCAUUUAACUGGAACUGUUCCAGUAUCAUACCGGGAUCCACCUGGCAUUACCUGUUUGGAUACUUCACUUGGGGAAGGUGCUGUCAGCCUGUUUAUGGCAUGAAUGGUACAUUUAGAGAGUGUUCACGGAAUGGGGAGUCGGACAUACUGACAGACUGUGAAGAAGGUUUGCACAACUGGAACAGUCCCUUUUCAUCCGUCGAUAGGCCAUACACUUACGAGCACUCGAUAUCGGUGUGUAAAACGCAGACACCAUUAACAG